CCUCCGCAUCCCGGUGUGACGGAAGAAACAGCAAACUGAAAGUGUUGGACCAGAGCUUGAGGAGAGGUACGCUAAUUUAGCCCGUUUCGACGAGGAUAAUUCCCGUGAAACAGAAAAAAUGUCUCGCAGAUAUGAUUCCCGGACAACUAUAUUUUCCCCCGAGGGGCGCUUGUAUCAGGUGGAAUAUGCCAUGGAGGCGAUCGGUCACGCAGGCACAUGCCUGGGAAUUCUAGCAAACGAUGGAGUGCUGUUGGCAGCAGAGAGACGCAACAUCCACAAGCUGCUGGAUGAGGUGUUCUUCUCGGAGAAGAUCUACAAACUCAACGAAGAUAUGGCUUGCAGUGUUGCUGGGAUUACAUCAGAUGCUAAUGUCCUGACAAAUGAAUUGCGUUUAAUUGCACAGAGAUAUUUAUUGCAGUACCAGGAGCCGAUCCCCUGUGAGCAGCUGGUAACUGCCCUGUGUGACAUCAAGCAAGCCUACACUCAGUUUGGAGGAAAGAGACCGUUUGGUGUUUCUCUGUUGUACAUGGGCUGGGACAAACACUAUGGCUUCCAGCUGUACCAGAGUGACCCCAGCGGCAAUUAUGGAGGCUGGAAAGCAACCUGCAUCGGCAACAACAGUGCUGCUGCCGUGUCCAUGCUGAAACAGGAUUACAAAGAAGGUGAGAUGACUCUGUCAUCUGCUCUGGCCUUGGCUGUCAAAGUCCUCAACAAAACCAUGGAUGUCAGCAAACUUUCUGCAGAGAAAGUGGAGAUCGCCACGUUGACGCGCGAAGACGGGAAAACGAAGAUCAAGGUCCUGAAACAGAAAGAAGUGGAGGAACUCAUCAAACGCCAUGAGGCAGAGGAGGCCAAGGCGGAAAAGGACAAGAAGGAGAAGGAGCAGAAGGAGAAAGACAAAUGAGCAAAUAAUAAUCUUUUUUUCUUGUUUCACCAAAUCCUGUAUUGUACUGUCUUUUACAUUAAAAGCUUGGAAUCAGAA